AUGUCCAACGACGCCCACAAUGCCGUCCUUAUGCCCUCCGAAGCCCUGCCGGAGAAUGCAGUCCACAUCAAGGGCCCAGAUUUCAACAACGCGAUCGAUUUGGAGGCUCUCUUGAAAGGGUACGAGACUAUUGGGUUCCAGGCUACAGGAUUGUCCAGAGCUGUGCAAAUCAUAGAGGAAAUGAGACAACGUCGCAAAGACCCCGAACAGCCUCUCACACUUUUUCUUGGCUACACCUCCAAUCUCAUCUCGUCCGGUCUUCGCGAGAUCCUGAAGUUUUUGGCCCAGAAUAAACUUGUGGACUGCUUUGUGACGACGGCUGGAGGUGUGGAAGAGGAUUUCAUCAAGUGCCUGGGAUCGACAGUAUUGGGAGAUUUCCACCUGGACGGAGCUAGUCUAAGAAAGCGAGGAUUGAACAGAAUCGGAAACCUUCUGGUGCCCAACUCCAACUACUGUGCUUUCGAAGACUGGGUUGUUCCCAUCCUCGACAAGAUGGUAGAGGAACAGGAGCAACAGGGCACACAGUGGUCCCCGAGUUCGAUCAUCCACCGUCUGGGAAAGGAGAUUGACAAUGAGGAGAGUGUAUAUUAUUGGUGCUACAAGAACGAUAUCCCAGUUUUCUGCCCAGCUCUGACGGACGGUUCCCUCGGCGACAUGAUGUACUUUCACACCUACAAAACAUCCCCUGCUCAAUUAUCUGUCGACAUCGUCGCCGAUAUCAGGAAGUUGAAUGACAUGAGUGUCAAGGCCAAGCAGGCUGGUGCCAUCAUUCUCGGUGGAGGUGUCUGCAAGCACCAAAUUGCAAACGCGAUGCUGUUUAGGAAUGGAGCCGACUACGCCGUGUAUAUCAACACUGGACAGGAGUAUGACGGCUCAGAUUCGGGAGCUCGACCCGAUGAGGCUGUUUCUUGGGGAAAGAUCAAGGCUGGUGCAGAAAGCGUCAAGGUGUACGCCGACGCUACCCUUGUGUUCCCUUUGGUGGUGGCUGCCACGUUUGGCAAGGCUCACUGGGCAGAGCAGGCGAAGAAGGCGGAGCAGGCGAAGGAGGAAGGGGCUUCUGCUUAA